AAAGUGAUGGGUCGUGGGGUAUGUGAGUGACGCUGAUACUCUGCUGCUGCACACAAUGAUGCAUCUGUAAUACACGUCAAUGGAAAGUUUCCAAUUAACCUGCCAUGACUACAGCAAGAUACCGGCCUACGUGGGAUUUGGCUUUAGACCCACUGGUUUCCUGCAAACUUUGCCUUGGAGAGUAUCCAGUGGAACAAAUGACCACGAUAUCACAAUGCCAAUGCAUUUUCUGUACACUGUGUUUGAAACAAUAUGUUGAACUUCUAAUCAAGGAAGGUUUAGAAACUGCUAUCAGCUGUCCUGACGCCGGUUGUCCGAAGAGAGGCCAUUUACAGGAGAAUGAGAUUGAAUGCAUGGUUGCAGCAGAAAUAAUGCAAAAAUACAAGAAGUUGCAGUUUGAAAGAGAAGUCCUUUUAGAUCCAUGUAGGACUUGGUGUCCAUCAUCGUCCUGCCAAGCUGUAUGCAAGUUACAGGAGAAAGGGCCUCAGGAUCCACAGCUGGUGCAGUGCACAUCUUGUGAUACGGAGUUCUGCUCAUCAUGCAAGGCUGACUGGCACCCUGGACAGGGUUGUCAAGAAAAUAUGCCAAUCACUUUUCUUCCGGGAGAAUCAAGCUCUGCAUUGAAGAUAGUAGAAGAUGACGUUCCAAUCAAGCGGUGCCCAAAAUGUAAAGUCUACAUAGAAAGAGAUGAAGGAUGCGCGCAAAUGAUGUGUAAAAACUGCAAGCACGCGUUCUGCUGGUACUGCCUAGAGUCACUCGAUGACGAUUUCCUGCUGAUACAUUACGAUAAGGGGCCUUGUCGGAACAAGCUCGGUCAUUCCAGGGCCUCGGUCAUAUGGCACAGGACACAGGUGGUCGGGAUAUUUGCAGGUUUUGGCCUCCUGCUGCUGGUAGCCUCUCCGUUCCUCUUACUGGCCACACCAUUUGUUUUGUGCUGCAAAUGUAAAUGCAGUAAAGGAGACGAUGACCCGCUGCCCACCUAAUGCUCAGGAGCGUGGUGUGGAUUUCUGUAGGGUCUCAGCACACCUCCGGAGGCUACAUCACACAUGGGACAUGUUGUAGCCUUCCCGGGCUCAGCCAGCUCUCCAGGACAUACACUGUGCCAUUCUACUAAGACCUCGUGUCCUCACCGCCCCUGACUUCAUCCCAGGACCGUGGUGGCUGAAGGAGGCAGGAGGACGAGCCCGCACAAUGUACAGAUGACAUCCCUCAUCCACAUAACAGUUCUUGGGUCUGACAUCGGUUCUGGUCCUGUCGAUCUGUUUCUAAACUGUUUUUAGGCUUAGCGUCCUCCUCUUUGUCAUUCCUGAUUAUUUUUUUUUACCUUUAUUUGUAUUUUUUUGUGUUCUUGUAAAAUGCUGUAUAUUUCUUAAAGUGCAUUGUUUUAAAGGGAAUACGUGGAUGCAGAUUAACCCCUUGUUUCCUAUCGCAGGGUACACCGUGCAGCGAGCCUCAUGGUUGUUGCAGUCUGGAUUUACCAAAGUGAGAAUUGCUAAAAAAAAUAAAAUCUAGAAAAAAAAGAGACAAAAAAGUAAAAACGUUAAACACAAUUUCCUUUGAUUUUGCUGUUGAACAACAUUCAAUUAUGGCUCGUUUCACAUGAGAGCACAGUUUUAUACUUAUCGUCCACAGUAAAGUUUGUAACCCGUCCGCCUCAUAUUUACAAUGUGACCCAUAAUGAUUUGCCUUUGGAACAUUCCAGGCAGCUGCACUGUGGAUUCACCUAUAGAACUAUAUGGAUCGCCUAUGGGUGCCUCAGCUCCAUAAAGAGGACCCCUCAGCUCCCCUGUUUUAGUAAAUAUUUGUAGUCCUCAUGAAAUAUCAAUUUAUCCCAUUUUAAGCUUCUUUUAUUAGAAUUCAGUAUAAUUCCUCUGUUACUCCUCCUGGAAACGUAUGACUAAACUGACGACUGGGUGUUACCAUUCCCCUUGUCAACAGCAUGUGUCCGUAUACACACUCGGCACUGAUUAGACAGUACCAGACGGAGAAGGAACACCGCUAAGGCACACGGCCAUUGCAAUAUGCAGGCACCGCCCGUGUGCACCCCACAUCAUGAAUGUGGACCCAUACACUUGAAUGGGUCCGUAAUCCAGAAGGUCUUGUGCAGACUGGAGGCAUGGAACCCCACAGAAGAACUACGGAGUGUUUCCGUACGUACUUCCGCAACGCAAAAAAAGUAGUGCACCGAUAUUGCCCGUGCAGUGGUGGUGCAUUUCUGGUCCCCAAUGCACGGAACGGCAACAUGCGCAAGAGGCCUAAAUGGAAUAGUAACUCCCAAUUGUCAUUUUUUUCAUAUAUUUCCAGGAGGCAUGACAGAGGAAUGGCACAACAAAGAAAAGGAAAAAAAACUAUACUGUACACCAUACAAAGAAAAAUGUAUAUACUUUAUUGGUUAACAAAUAUAUUAAAAAGCUUUAAAAUGUGGCAAAAUCCAUACAAUGAAAAGGACAUCCCCUCCAAUAAAAAUGCACAUUGCCGAAAAUGGUAUAUAACAAACCAAGACAAUAAAUAUACCGG